ACUGAACUAUCUGAUAAUGUACAUGAAAUACUCAUGAGAAUUAUAGAAGUUGUUGUCCAAGAUAAAAAAAUAAUAAGUGAAAGCCCCGAGCUAAUAAAAUUAAACGAAACUAUUGAACUAUCGGAUAUGAGUAAUAACAUUUCAAAUAAACAAAUGUUUGAAAUAAUUACUGAAGGCCACAGUAAGGUUCUUGAGUUACCGGUUGAAGAAAAUAAGACACAGGUUCGAAAUGAACACAAUAUUUACAAGCCGAGUGGAAGAAAAAGUAAUGGUAUCAUGGAUAUGACGAAUAAAGAACUAGAAAGUUAUGAUACGAAAGCUAUUCUACUGGCUAAAGAUAUUGAUACAUUAUCUACACCAUCGUCAGAUAAUGCAAACGGUAUAAACGAAAGGAUAGAUACAAAUAAAAAUAAUCAAAGUUCUGAUAUGAUUAUAGAAACAGAUAAUGGCAAUAAUGCAAAAGAACUCCAUGAGGACAUGAGUGCUGGUAAUAUUGAACAAAAAGAAAACGGAGAGCGUCCGCCUAUAAUAUUGUCAGCAAAUAUAUAUUUGGCAAAAGAUAAUAUUUUUAAAAGGAGUAGCGAGGAUAUUAUUAACCAUGCAGAAACAAUAGUUUGCAAUACUUUGAAUGGCAUACACUUCGAUGUAGCGAACGAUGAAAAUCAAUUUGCCAAAUUAACAGACGAUACUCCUAUUAAAGCUGAAUUCAUGAGUCCUGGUAAUAUUCAACAACAACUAAAUGAAGAGCAUCAGUCAGAAAAGCCAUUUUGGGCAGAUAAGUUGAUCAUUAAAAGCAGUAGCGAAGAUGUUAACCAUACAGUUAAAAUAGAUUAUACUUCGGAUAGUCAUCACUACGAAGUAGCGGGUUAUCAAAAUCAAUUAACUGAAUUAUCAACAGACACCCUUACUAAAGAUGAUAGAAUAGAUAAAAACACUACAAACAAUGUUCAUAACACCGCUAGCCAGAUGGAAGCAAUGGAUUUCACUCCUGAUGAUAGCAUUAAAAAAUUGUCAACGAAGGAAAGGAAUUAAAUAAAAAAAGUUCGAUUAUUAGCGAUAUCUCUACCUAUAAUGAGAGCGAUACCAACAAAGUUCCAAGAGAUGUCAGUAUAAAAUCUAACAUUCGUUUCGCACCUCCAAAUGCUUAUUUGCUAUAUAAAGCAGAUGAACCUUGGCCUGACAAUUUACCUGUACCAUCGGUAAAAGUAACUAUGAGUGUGAGUAAGUCAGUAUUGUCUUUAGGAAAGAUAACGGAAUUAGACGAAAAAUAUAUGACACCACCACAAGAAAGAGAUGAUAUAUUUCAUGAAAAAAGCAAAGAACCUAUAAGUACUUCAGAACAGCAACUCCAAAAUAUUAACGAUCUACUGAUUGAAAGUGAGAACACAGAAACGGAGCAUUUCCGUUCAUUUCUUGGAAGCGAGCAUUGUAUAGAAUCUCAUUGGAAUUUCGAAGAUACCAACAACAUAACAAACGAUCCUGCACUCUCAUCCGAUCAUCCCUCAGACAUACUAGAUGAAAAAAUUGGAACAGUAAAGGAAAUUUCGACAGAUUCAAUGUUUAAAGAUAAAAAAAAUUAUGUAACAAUCUCUUCGGGAGAUCCCUCAGUUAUUAUUGAAGACCACAAAAGGACCUUAAGACAGACGUUUCUCCCAAGAAUGACUAUUGUUCGCUUACCUUUUAUUAACAUUAGUCCAAAAACAUUUGAAAAGAUCCCGUUUAAUAAGGAAAAAAUAGUACAAACAGAUAAAACGAUUCUGAAGAACCUUGAGCUUAUUCCUACUAUUCAUACAAUUCAUGCUACAGCUGAAUAUCAAAUAAACAAGACUGAAGUUAAUAAAUGGUGCCAAGGACUGAAGAACGUUAUUAAAAAUUUGGAGAUGUGGUCAUCUUGGGUAGAAAACACGUGUGCUUAUAUAUUGUUUUUAAAAAAUAACGAAUUACAAGGCCGAAAAAUAAUACGAAAUUCGCAAAAGUGGAUUAAUCUGAAAUCAGAUGUAAACUUGGACGCAGCGUUGUGGUUCAAAUUAGGCAGCGAGCUUCAAAAUGGACUGCUGAGUUAUAAAAACUACUAUGAAAAU